CACGGGCUUGACUCAAAAUUUUCUCACCAACUUACGGUCAACGCCCUGCGCAAGUAUAAGAGUAUUCCCAUCUCAUUCCGUGCACCGUUUCAUCAGAUCCUCGCAUUUGCAUUCCCUCAGGCGUUCAUCAUUUAUCAGCAUCUCAUCUCAGCGUCCAGCACGUCACCGUCGCUACCAGGUCACAAGAGAAGAUCAUUCCCACCAAAGAAGCAGUUCAAGACGACUUUGCAGCGGAACAGGCGAUCAGCUCACGCCUUACGCCCUUCGGUCCCCCAAAAACAACACCAGGCCCCGCACUUUCCACGAAGCCGAGGCGCUCAUUGGUCGAUACGAGUGAUAGUCACCGCGGUCACCGCGUGCUUUGUAACGUUGAGCGAAGGAGUCAUUGGUCAGGCGACACCGGACCGGCAACCUCCAGAAUGGUAGAUAUGUCUGCCAUUCGACACACCGUCAAUGACGAUGCAGCAAACAUGGAGACACUGCGAAAACUAUCGGGCUUUGGCCAAAAGGUCAACAUUGAUAUCAAGAUCAACAACCCACGAGCGACAUAUACUACUCUGGACCGCAUAGAGGGCACCGUCUCCAUUCUCGCACCAACGGAUAUCAACUUCGAUGAGAUUGACAUCGAGUUCAUUGGCACCUCAAAGACAUUUGUCGAGCGCAUGACAGCAGCAGCGGCAGUGUCUGGUCGAUCAGAGGCAUUCCACCAAUUUUUAAAGCUACAGGACCGCUCGGUGCAGGAUGCAUACCCAGCAGGUCAGACCUUGAAGGCUGGCGUCUUGUACACAUUCCCUUUCCUCUUCGUCAUUCCUGAACAACUCCUUCCAAAGGUCUGCGGGCACAAGUGCAAGUCGAUGUGCGUUCGUGAGGCACACCUUCAGCUUCCUCCGACUUUCGGUGACCACGAUCGCGAGGAUGGCAUGGACGAGAAGGCCCUUGACGACUUCGUGCCAGAGAUGGCCAGCACUCGCUAUGGCGUCCACGUUAGAAUCUGCAGAGUCAGGAGAGGAGAAGAUGACGAGGUAAUUCGCAGCAAUAUUGCCAACAAGGCUAGGCGAGUGCGCGUCAUUCCAGCAACCGAGGAGCAGCCACCACUCGACAUCGACACCGACGACAAGGAGUACUGCAUCCGCCGAGAGAGAGUCAUCAGGAAGGGCGUCCUACAAGCCAAGGCCGGUACACUGGUCAUGGAGGCUAUCCAGCCUCCAGCCAUCCUCAUGCGCGCCCGAAGCAACUCCAGCACACCAGCAAUGUCGAGUGCCAGAGUCAGCCUUCGCUUCGACCCCGCCGACAAGCAUGCCCUCCCACCUCUCCUUGGCGACAUGGGCGCCAAAUUGAAAGUCUGCACCUUCUUCGCCAGCACCGCCCGCUCCGGCUUCCCAGACAAGAAGAAAGCACUCCAAGACCCAUCACAAGGCAUGCAUAGCGAACAAAUCAGCCUUUCUUCGCGCUGCAUGGCAAGCAUGACAUCCGACAAAUGGACUGCCUACGAGUCUGAGAAGGACUCUCACCGCGACUCGGGCUUCUCCACCGGCUCUUCCAUCCCAGCCCCAAGCAAAGACUACAAAGGCGCUCGAUUCUUCGUCACUCACCUCGACGUCCCCAUUUCCCUUCCAACGAACAAAGCUUUCGUCCCUAGCUUCCACUCCUGCCUCAUCAGCAGGAUGUACCAACUCAAACUCGAACUCCAUCUCCAAAACAAGGGUCUCGUCGGCACCAUGGACCUCAAACUUCCCAUCCAAAUCUCUUGCACUGAAGGUGACGGCGACUGGAGUCCUCGACGAGGUUCCGUCGUCGAAGGCAUGGAGCAAUGUUCCGAGGAAGAACUCGUCGAUGGCUUCUUCGAUGAGCGCACGAUGCAGAUUCCGGCUGAGGCGUUCGUUGGACAUAGCGAUAUCCGCCGGGCGAGCCCUCCUGUUACACCACGACAUGAGUUGCCGCCGAGUUAUUCUUUCUUUGCGCCUGCGACGGGUGGGCAGACUGUUCCCGCUUAUUAGGCCAAGUCUUUUUCGGCCACUUUACUUAUCUGAAUUUCUGGAUUUCGUCACAUUACGACUUUAUGAUUUUCUUUUUCUGAUCAGCGCUUUCGGCAACAUCAAAGAGGUUUUAGUUGGGAAGAGAUUGGGAAAAAGACUGCUUGGCAAGAUACCCUAUAGAUCUGGCAUUUUUGUUUUUCAUAGCGUGGAGUUUCAGCGAUUGUUUGUGAGAAGGAAGAGUGGGGUUUCAGCAUCAAGACAGAACGAGAGAUUCGUGAUACCAAAAAGUUCAAUAGAGAAUGGUGUAAUACAUAAUUCUGAGCGUCGCAUGAACAACUCUUUUUCCACUCCACUUCUUCGAGUAGUGCUCUCUCAUGAAUCCACCAACAGAUGA